GCGAGACACGGAAAAUAGUGCCUGGCGGAGUGAUCCGAGCUGCGGUGGGCGGAGCAGCAGAGGCUAUAUAAAGGCCGGGAGAGGGUAUGUGUGGCGCAGUUGCAGCCGCCUGGGUCUCGGAGUGCGUUGUGCUGUCGGCUUGGUGUGCGCGCCCCGCGAGGAAAAAUGCAGAUCUUUGUGAAGACCUUGACAGGGAAGACCAUCACCUUGGAGGUUGAGCCCAGUGACACCAUUGAGAAUGUCAAGGCCAAAAUCCAAGAUAAAGAAGGCAUUCCUCCAGAUCAGCAGAGGCUGAUCUUUGCUGGCAAGCAGCUGGAGGAUGGGCGCACCUUGUCUGACUACAACAUCCAGAAGGAGUCCACCCUGCACCUUGUGCUGCGCCUGAGGGGCGGCAUGCAGAUCUUUGUGAAGACCCUGACAGGGAAGACCAUCACCCUGGAGGUUGAGCCCAGUGACACCAUUGAGAAUGUCAAGGCCAAAAUCCAAGAUAAAGAAGGCAUUCCUCCAGAUCAGCAGAGGCUGAUCUUUGCUGGCAAGCAGCUGGAGGAUGGGCGCACCUUGUCUGACUACAACAUCCAGAAGGAGUCCACCCUGCACCUUGUGCUGCGUCUGAGGGGCGGCAUGCAGAUCUUUGUGAAGACCCUGACAGGGAAGACCAUCACCCUGGAGGUUGAGCCCAGUGACACCAUUGAGAAUGUCAAGGCCAAAAUCCAAGAUAAGGAAGGCAUUCCUCCAGAUCAGCAGAGGCUGAUCUUUGCUGGCAAGCAGCUGGAAGAUGGGCGCACCUUGUCUGACUACAACAUCCAGAAGGAGUCCACCCUGCACCUUGUGCUGCGCCUGAGGGGUGGUAACUGAACUAGCUAGUCAUGUCUUGCAUCCACGUAAAAGUUUCACUGCACUUGUUCAUUCCAAUAAAGCUGUUGCAUCCACAAAAGUUUGUGUCUCUUAAAUUAUGUGAGCAAAUGUUUAAUUAAAACUUUGUUAAUAAAGUAUAAUUAUCUAGCUUCCAAAUAUUAAAAAGAUAUAGCAAAAGCUUCCUUGUGCAAGGCUUAGUUGUGCCUGACAAGCAUGACUAGCCGUUGGACAUGGUUUUCCUGAGAUUGUAGUGGUGGUCUUAACUGGCUAAAGCACUGGCUGAAAGUGCAGUGCUAGUUUGCAGCUCUUAAGCUACUGUUGUGCAAAUACAUGCAGGUCUAAUCUAAUACUUUAACACUGACCAUGAACGGAAGGUAAGAAGCAUCAUCUGACCAACUUCAGUCAGUCAGCCUCAACAUUUCAAGGUCUUCUGGUUAAAUCUGUAGUUGCAAAGGAAGUUGUCCCGUUAAAUCUGUUGGCUAGUGUGCAUUUUCCAGUCAUUUGGUUAGUGGGUAAACUUUAUUCCUUGCACAGUGUAAGCAUAUUAGCAGACUCUUUAAGCUAAGAUGUGCUAGCUUGCUUAAAAUACCUUUGGGAAUGUAUGUCCAUUCCAGCUUUGCACUAAGUGGAAACAUUACAGUGUUAAUUAGCUAAAGCAGAAGUUACACAACAGUUCCCAUACAAUAAGAAGACAGACAAAAGGGAAGUCUCCAUGAAGCUGUUUGACAAUAGACUGGAGAUCACCAAGUCUUUCACUUCUGAAAUACGAGCUCAGUGAAUAGUUAACCACACUGCACUUGGAAUUAGUGAAAAAAAACUGGAAUUAGUGAGAUUAGCUGGAACCAAGAGUUCAGCUGAUGACUAACUUCAGUUGGACUUAAAGCAGUGUUGCUGCUUCAUCCAGAAGGGAAGGGUGGGAUUCCAGGGAGGACAAUGCAGAGUUUGACUUGCGUGGCCCUGAUAGUGAGUUGUUACUGAUUAAAAGUGGGGAAAGGUAUUUCUAGUGCUUUGCAGCCUGUAAGGGACAGGUUUGGAUAAGCAAGGUACGUGCUAAAAGCUUUUUGGUGCUACUGCAGUCUGACUAGUUGCAGGUAAGUGUUAAUGUGCUGUCAGCGAGCUCAGCUGUUGCCAGUGUCUGCUGGAGCUGGCCCGAGGCAGUUCAGUUUUCAGGUCACUGUCAGUGCUCAGGCGAGACUUCAAAGGGAAAAUUGCUGGUGUUUGGCCUGGUGGGAGCCUUUGUGCGUGGUGGUGAUGCAGUGCUGUUGUGUAAGAUGGACAACAUUUGCUCUCCUGAAUUAAUGUAACUGAAACCUGACCAAAUGCAAUUAAUAAAGCAUCCUACUGUAUGUUA